AUGGACUUCACUGGAAAUGGACGUACGACUGAUAUCCUGUGGGAUAAGUAUAGUUUAAUUAUCAGAGGGCAGCGCGUUUUCAUCCACUCAGGAGAGUUUCACACAUUUCGACUGCCUGUGCCUGGACUAUGGCUUGAUAUUCUGCAGAAAGUAAAGGCUGCUGGAUUUAACGCAAUCAGUGUUUAUUCUCACAUGGCUCUGAUCAAUCCCUCUCCUGGCGUUGUCGACUUUAACGAUUACCGUGCUCUAGAGCCCCUUUACGAGGCUGCGAAACAGACUGGCAUAUGGAUUGUUCUCCGUCCGGGGCCUUAUAUCAAUGCGGAGACGACUGCAGGAGGUAUUGCACACUGGAUAACAUCAGAAGUUGCAGGCGAAAUGCGGACAAACACGACGGACUGGCAUGCAGCUUGGCAGGACUACGUACAAGGUAUCAUUACUGAAACUGCUCCUUACCAAGUGACCCAAGGCGGACCGGUAAUAGACAACGAAUACUCUCAGGCACCAGCCACGCAUGCAGAAUACUUUCGCGAGCUGGAAGCUGUCUAUUUGAACUCCAGUAUUGUUGUCCCGUUGACCGCUAACGACCCGGGGGAAGGAUGGGCGUGGAUCAAUGGAACGGGUGCCGUGAAUAUCUAUGGUAUGGAUUCCUACCCACAAGGGUUUGACUGUUCCAACCCAGAUGUCUGGAGCCCGGUCAUCACGGACUAUCAUAGCUAUCAUGAGACUGUUGACCCUGGACAACCUUGGUAUUUCCCAGAGUUCCAGGGUGGUUCUUUUGAUGCUUGGGGUCCGACGGCACCAGGGUACGAUCAAUGCCGCAUGCUCACGGGAGUCGAUUUUGAGAAUGUCUUUAAUCUUCAUCUUUGGGCGUCCAACGCAAAACUAAUCAACUACUACAUGCUAUACGGAGGAACCUCAUGGGGUGCUCUUCCUUUCCCCGGAGUUUACACUUCGUACGAUUACGGGAGUGCUAUUGCAGAGAACAGAGAACUGACUGUCAAGUAUCCGGAACUUAAGCGUCAGGGUCUCUUCUUGCGAAGCUCCCCAGAUUUCUAUAAGACGGACUGGGUUGGAAACAGUACUGGCGGCAUGGUGUCCGUCUCUAAUCCAGCUGCCUUUGUAACUCUGUUAAGGAACCCCGAUUCAGCGGCGUCAUUCUACAUCGCAAGACAAAGGAAUUCCACAACAACGGAUGUAACCAUUUUCAAGCUGAAUGUCACUACUUCUGCUGGGAACCUUGAGGUCCCCCGUUUCACAUCUGGCAUCACACUCGGGGGCAGACAAUCAAAAAUUAUUGUCACCGAUUACCCAUUUGGCUCGUCAUCGAAGGUUCUCUAUUCUACAGCGCAGGUUCUUUUUGCUGGCCAGAUCGGUGGAAGAGAUGUACUGUUCCUCUAUGGCGACCCUACAUAUGAGUCAGAGGUUGCUCUGACAUUGAGUGGUGCGCCUCGCAUACAAGGGGCAGAACUCUCUUCAGUAUCCUCUAAUGGCGUCACUACCGUCACUUUCCUUUCGGGCAUUCAAGGACUCAUCACGAUUUGGGAUUCCAGUGAGCAGCUCGUCCUCUAUAGUGAUACCAACACCGCUGGAACCUUUUGGUCGCCCGAAAUCCCUACCAAUGAUUCCGUCGAGUUUGCCAACUAUUGGCAGUUUGGCACGAAUUCCUCUAUCCUGGUCGGAGGUCCUUAUUUAGUUCGAAAUGCUACAAUUAGUGGAUCGACGCUCGCCCUUCGUGGCGACUUGAACGAUAGCGUUCAACUUACGGUCAUCGCGCCUGAUGAUGUGAAGACGGUCACAUGGAACGGAAUUCCUAUCUCAGCUGAUGUUACUGCGGUCUUGAAUUUGACCGCCCAAGGAGGCUUUGUUGCACAACUAAAGCCCUCAUCCAUGGUGCUUGGUUUUGCUCCACCCGCGCUUACAAAUUGGAGAUAUGCAGACAGUUUACCAGAAAUUCGCACCGGAUUUUCUGAUGCCAACUGGACUCUUGCUAAUCAUACCACCACGAACAUACCAUUCAAGCCUUACUACGGUGACGGGAGGGUUCUCUAUGGUUGUGACUAUGAAUACUGCGAGAACAUCGUACUUUGGCGUGGGCACUUCAAUGCCACAGAAAAUACACAAUCCGUCAACUUCUCUAUUAAUGGUGGCGAAGCUUUCGCUGCUACUGUUUGGGUGAACGAUGUGUUCUUGAAUACAUCCUAUGGAAACUCCACGAACAACCAAAAUAUUCUGGAAGAAACGGAUGAUAAAUUCUACUUCCCUCCGGAAUCUUUGUUUUACGAGCGAGAGAACAUCAUUACUAUCCUUCAGGAUAAUAUGGGCCUCAAUGAGUCGGGCUCUGUUAUUGAUGAAGAGAAAUCCCCUCGUGGCGUCCGUGGUUUUAUGCUCAAUACUGGAGACUUUGGUGAAUGGAAGGUUCAGGGUAAAGUUGGCGGAUACACCAAUUAUCUCGACAAGGUGCGAGGGGUGCUGAAUGAAGGAGGUCUCUAUGGUGAACGCAUGGGCUGGCACUUACCUGGGUUUGAUACCUCUUCUUGGGCACUGAGAGACCUCUCUGAGGGUCUGCCCAACGCUGCCGCCGGUGUUGGGUUCUUUGUUACGACGUUCAACUUAAGCAUCCCAGAUGGAUUUGAUGUUCCAAUGUCCUUUAUGUUUGAUGACACCUCUCAGCCGUAUCGAUCUCAGUUAUACGUCAACGGAUGGAUGAUGGGUAAAAGGGUAUCCAACCUUGGGCCCCAGUAUAAGUUCCCUGUCCAGCAAGGUAUUCUGGACUACAAUGGCACAAAUACUGUUGCUAUCGCACUAUGGGCUAUGGAACCGAAAGCUGUCAGUCCAACUUUGCAGCUCGCCAUUGAAGGUGUUUACGAAGGCGGUGUCGGCGGCAUUGAGACUAAUAAUCCUCCUUGGUCGCCUGAAGGACGGUCAUAUGUCUAG